GCAGCGACAGAGGGCAUGGGAGGGAGCCCCAGGGAGUGUCUGCACCCCGGCCUGUGUCCUCUGCCCCGCUCCCAGCUCGGCCAGCUGGCCCGGUGUCCAGCAGCAUCCCGUAGCCCGCUGCAGGCCGCCUGGGUGGGAGUGUGGCUCCCAGCGCGGCUCCUGGCUGGACAGGCAGGGAGCUUUCCCUCGUAACCUGCUUUAAGGAGCACACAGCGAGGGAGGCUGGGGCUGGAACACCCGUCACCAGCUCCAACCCUGCCUUUUCUUUAGAGCAGGUGACUUUGGCCCCUGGCUGUGCUUUCCAAAGCCGUGAGCUCUGUGUGCAGCAGCUCCAAGGCAGCUUCCAAGGCUUUCAGUCGGGCUCACCCGUGCUCCCGAGCCAGGCAGGCGAGUGCCGGAGCACGGAUUCGGUGAGACACAUUGUGAGUUUUUUAAAAGAAAAUCCUGGAGCCAUCAGAGAAGGAUGCAUUUGACCACUUGCCGGGGAUGGAAAAGCCUUGUAUCAACAUCUCCGAGGGCCUGAGCUCAGCUCCUGGCUGCAGGCGGAGAUGGGCUAUGCUGUGCCAGGGUGAAGGGUCAGUGUUCUGUUUCUCCUUGGUUCUGCUGCCCUGAGUGUCCUCCAGCACCGCGGGAAGCGCUCGGGCCGCUGGGAUUUCUGCAGCUCCCAGGGGAGUCAGAAUUUACUCUUUGGUAAAUGUGGGACGCAUUCCCUGAAAGAUCGGGAAACACUCGGAUUUCGUUUCAAGCAGCGCAGCAGAAAAGCGAUCCUCACUUAUAAGUUCCUGUGGCAGUUCGCUGCCCCAGGUGUAACUUCCCCCUCCCUGAUUGCCGAUAAUUGAUGCCAGUGAGUGGCUAAUUGCACCCAUUUAGCGCCCCGUUUGUGUCGGCUGCUCGGGCGGGGAGUUGGUGUUUGCACCAGGUGACACCGAAAUGAUUUCCUGGGUGUUUGGGCGCGGUUCGCGCAGAGCGAACAUUGAAUUUGGCGUGUGGAACAUCCUGUGCAGAGACAUCGGAGCCGGCCUGUGGCUGCGCGCUGCCUCCACUCCUGCGGGGAGCAAGGGGUGCAGUCUGUGCCAGAAAGUGAUGACGGAGUCUGUAACUUAAUUCUGGGUGGUUUGAAUGUCCCUGCAUGUUUGCACCUUCUGGCAGUUUCUGUUUGCUGGUGCAUCCUGCCUGGGACGGGGAUGUGCCCGGCCCAGCUCUGGCCACGCCAGGGUCAGGUGGAGGAGCCCCCCCACCAACCCGCGGGGUGCAGCCCUGGCCCCGACAGCCCCAAGUGUGCCCCUGGCCCCCGUGGAGCCCCGGCUUGCCCGGCCCCCGUGGAGCCCCGGCUUGCCCGGCCCGUCCCUGCCCGGUGGAAGGGUCGUGUCCCGCUGGGUUGUACCUGUGGGGGUUGAGCUGUGGGGAUCCCUCCUGCUCACGGCAGCUCUUCUGUCCCCUCACCUGUCCCGGGGGACGAGGGCUGUGUUCCUCAGGGAGCUGCUCCGUGCCGCCUCCCAGGUUUGCUGGAUCUGUGGGCAGCGGUGCUGGAGCAGACAGAGGGCCCUGCUGUGUGCAGACAGACAGACAGACAGACCCCAGUGUGCUGCGUGCACCUGGAGCACUGCCAGGGGAACAUGGAAAGCAGAUGUUGGACUGGGACCUGCUGGAGAAGCCCCGGGCCCUCGCUUCCUCCCGCGCCUCUGUGGUCAGGGCUGGAGCCGGGAGCUGUGCGGGACUCAGCCGAGCCCGGUGCAGGGAAUGUCUGCAGGGAAUGCCUGCAGGGAAUGCCUGCUCACAGCCCAGUGCAGGGAAUACCUGCAGGGAAUGCCUGCAGGGAAUGCCUGCUCACAGCCUGGUGCAGGGAAUGUCUGCAGGGAAUGCCUGCAGGGAAUGCCUGCUCACAGCCUGGUGCAGGGAAUGCCUGCAGGGAAUGCCUGCUCACAGCCUGGUGCAGGGAAUGUCUGCAGGGAAUGCCUGCAGGGAAUGCCUGCUCACAGCCCAGUGCAGGGAAUGCCUGCAGGGAAUGCCUGCAGGGAAUGCCUGCAGGGAAUGCCUGCUCACAGCCCGGUGCAGGGAAUACCUGCAGGGAAUGCCUGCAGGGAAUGCCUGCAGGGAAUGCCUGCUCACAGCCCGGUGCAGGGAAUGCCUGCAGGGAAUGCCUGCAUUGUGGCAUUCACAGAUGCAGGAGCAGCCACAGGUCCCGUCACACAGGAGCUGAGGCACAGCCAGGAGCUGAGGUGCUGGCGCUGCUUUUCCCUGCUCCCGAGGCAGCCUGGAGCUGCUCUGGGUUACCCUGCAGUGGGGUGGCCGCUGUGGGCAGCUGGGUGUGGGUCCCCCUCAGCGUCUGGCCAGCCCUGCUUGUUCUUUGGGGGUAGCACUGGGGAUCUGGGCCCUUCCCCACGGGUCUGGGCCAGACCCCCACAUCCAUUUGAACUUCCCAAAGAAAGACCCCGAUGGGUGAGAUCCCAGCUGGGCUCCACAAACCUCCCCGACUUCCACCAGCCAAGGAAUGGGAGUUCUCUCACUUCUCCUUUGUCCUUUGCUGUGUCACCUCGUGCUUGCUCACCAGCUCUGGGGGCUGAGCAGUAGGGGAUAUAUCUGCACCGUGAAAAAGGAUCCUAA